CAAUCCAUAAUUCGUGAUCGAGUAUGGCGCAGGCGAACGGAGCGAUCAGCAGCGAGGCCAACGAAGGCCUGUUGGUGCUCGUGAUCGACACCAACCCCGUGCACUGGUUCGCACUGGGCGGGAGUACCGCUGACCGCGCCGGGCUGCAGCAGCUGAUCUCCAGUACGCUCGUGUUCGUCAACUCGUACCUGCUCCUUCAUCGCAGUAACCGCAUUGUGAUCAUUGCGGCCCACGCUGGCAAGAGCACCAUGCUAUAUCCGGAUCCAGAGCAAGACGAUACUACCGGGAGUGCUGAACAGGCUGCUAAGGUCAACGCUGGCGUCUUGCAACGUUUGCAGCAGCUCAGCGACGCUCCUCUGGACCCAGCCAAGCCCAACCAAACGGCCAUUGCUGCGUCGCUAUCGCGCUCACUUUGCUUCAUUAAUCGUGCUAUUAACGAGGAGCCGGAUCUGCGACCACGUAUCUUGGUCAUCCAGAAGUCUCCGGACGUGUCGGAGCACUAUAUUGCAAUCAUGAACGGCAUCUUCUCGGCCCAGAAGAAGAACGUUGCAGUGGAUGCCUGCAUCCUUUCGACGGAGCACUCGUCGUUCAUGCAGCAAGCAGCGUAUCUUACGGGCGGUAUUUACUACAAGCCUAACGACCACAGCGGACUGCUGCAGUAUCUGAUCUCGAUCUAUCUCCCAGAUCCGUCCAUGCGCAAACUUUUGAAGUUGCCGUCGCAGGACUCAGUGGACUUUCGUGCAAUGUGCUUUUGCCACCGCGAAGUCAUCUCCACGGCGUACGUGUGUCCCGUGUGUCUGUCGCUGUUUUGCGAGUUCCGGCCCAUCUGUUCCACCUGCGGCAUCCGCAGCCACAUCCAGCCCAAAAAGAAUGGAUUGCACAAGAAACGCUUGCGUGUAGAUUAAUACAGUAUCAUGCUGUUGCUUUAGCAGCUCAAUUGCUUAAA